GGCUGGCGCAAAGUAAACAAGUGGCCACUAUGUUUUGAAGCCAAAGGCAGCCGGUUCGGAAGAUUUUUCGUCCCACGGGGAAGAUUAGCGGCCAUAAAGCUGGUUCAUCUGUACGGUUAUGUGUCCUGUGACACCAGAAUCACCUCCCACUGGUCUUACUGGGGCUGUGGUGACAAUCGAUGGAGCGGGAUAAACACUCAAGUCAAUGUUGUCAUCACAGACUCAGACAACCACAUUCUACUUCCGCCAAGUCAGUUCCUCAAUACUAAGAUUACCAGCUUAAAGUGGUACAAGGUUCCCGGAUAUAAUUCCCUCUCACCUGAGCUUGUUCUGCCAUUCUUUACGUCUCCCAGACGGGUCCAUCGGAAACAAGAAUUACGCGUAUGGUACGCUGAAAACUUGGUGAAUUUAAGCGAAGGAGACAACGGAGGAAAAGUGUGCGCUGAUGUCUUUGCUCUCUUUGUGUGA